AUGGCGGCGCCCAGUGGCGGGGAGGCGGCCGGGCCGGGCGGCUUCGAGCCCUGGCUGGCGGGGCGGCUGGACGUGCUGGGGCUGGACCGGGCUGUCUACGCCGCCUACAUCCAGGGGCUGCUCCGGGAGGAGGAGGGCGACGAGGAGCGGCUGGAGGCUCUGCACGGGGUCCUGGCCGCCUGCCUGGAAGAAGAUCUGUUACCAGAUGUCUGCAGGGAAAUAGUUGUGAAGUGGUCUGAAGCUCAGAAUAUUGGCGUAAGAGAAAAAAAAGAAGAUGAGAUCCAGGCCAUUGCCAGCAUGAUCGAAAAGCAGGCCCAGAUCGUCGUGAAGCCAAAGGAGGUUUCCCAGGAUGAGAAGCUGAGGAAAGCUGCCCUCCUGGCCCAGUAUGCCAAUGUAACAGACGAGGAGGAUGGAGCAGAUGAACAGAAUGGAGCCACUGCAGCAGCACUAACGAUUGGAUCAGAAAAAUCGUUGUUCCGUAACACAAACGUGGAGGCUGUCGUAAAUGCGAGGAAGCUGGAGAGAGAUUCUCUGCGGGACGAGGCCCAGAAGAAAAAAGAGCAAGACAGACACCAGCGGGAGAAGGACAAGCUAGCGAAGCAGGAGCGGAAGGAGAAGGAGAAGAAGAGGACACAGAAGGGCGAGCGGAAGCGAUAGCUGGGAUCUUCCCUGUUGGACUCCUUUAGAGGAUAGAAUAAAUUAUGCAGAGGGGGUGUUUUAAACAAAACAAAAACUCGGGGCAGGGGGCUAGCCACGGGGGUCUUGGAAGCAUUUUCCCUUUUGUUUACACAGCAAAAAAAAAAAAAUUUGCAAUCACUUAUAUGCAAACCGUGCUUGUGGUAUCAAGUGUGCUGGUCAGUUGUUGUGGCCAAUGUCUGUACCAAAGAACUGUGAAGUGGCUGAA